GUCAGUAUGUGGCUGAUCGUUCACUUUUUUUUGCAUGAAAGAUGGAUGGUCAUCGGUUUGAAACCUCCACAGAUGUUGGAAAUUCGAAGGAAAAUACGUCUGACAGCACAGGUGUCGAUAGAAGGACGCAAUCUUUAGGCGGAGUGACCAUGAUCCCCCCAAAUGAGUCUCGCCGAAACCAGGCCAGGAUGAUGGCUCAGAAGGAAGAGGAGGAGCUUCAGAAAUGGAAGGAGUCUCAGAGGCUCACACACGUGUGCACCACUCCAGAGAGACUUGGCGGUGAUGCAACAUUGGCUCAAGUCAGGGAGAGACAAUACAAGGACUUGCGUUGCUCCAAAGUGCAGAAGAAGCUGAAACAAGAAAUUUUAGCCCAGAAGAAGAGACAAGAGGAGGAUGAUGAGUUUCAGCGGAAGAAAGAUGAACAAAGAAAGAAGGCCGAGCGUCAUGAAGAGAGGAAGCAGGUGGUGGAGCGGAGCAGGCAGGAGCGGCUACGGCAGGAUAACAUCAGAGUGACCUCGAUCUUCCUGGACAAACUAGACUGUCGCCGCAGAGGAGGAAGUGAGGAAGAACCCAAGAGGGAAGAAGACAGUAUAGUUUCCACCUCUGAUGACUGUUGUCGUCUGCUGUCCAGCUCACGUGGACAAGAACACGGGCAGGUGGCGACCACAGCAUUCUUAAUUCCAGAGCCAGACCGGGUCCAGGACCAGGAAAAGGAUCAAGACCUGGAUCAGGACCAGGACCUGAACUGGGCUUUGAUGAAACUUGUGGUGAACUUUCCAGAAGUGAGCCAAGUCUUCCUGGAGGACAUCCUCACUCAAUGUAACGAUGCUGUCUGAUGGUUAUUGCGCUGCAGUCGGCACCAGUGAGGGCCUUAAUUUGGGUGGAAGACCGCCCUGUGUCUUGAUGGACAGCCAAUGGGAUCCUCCGGAUCAGCGCAGGUGUGAUUUUUUUGGGUCUACCAAUUGACUUUUUUGUUCCAUAAUGCUCAGGAUCUUUCAAAAAAUGUAGAAUGACUGAUUUACUGCAUCCAGCAUCUGCAGCAAUGGCACGCUGCGAGAGGUCUUGCUUAUGCAGCUCGACAAUCCGACCACGUUCAAAAAGAGAAAGCGUCUUAGCUUUAGCCAUCAGGAGGGCAUGACAGUGUGGAUGCCUGACAUUUUGAGCAGAUUUGGGCUUUUAUAGCCUGUGGUCUUAAACUUUUGAUUAGCUGAUAAACAGCCAGUUGAGUUGAAUUAUUGUUUUCAAUCAAUUACUUUUUCAAAAUGCUUUUUGUCUCACUCCCCCUUUUUGUUUUUGCAUAUUGUAGCUCGACUUAAAACCUCAUUAAGAUCCAAAUGUGCAAAAUGCUAAUUCUACCAAUUUUUCAACUGGUCUUAAGAUUUUGACCAGGAGUGUAUUACGACUUUAUUCUCGAAAUCUCCGAUUUUUUUUGUCAAUGUGGCUGUGUUAUCGUAAACUCUUGACGUUUUUAAAACAUUUGUGUUCAACAUUGGACAUUGCAUUUUAUUAUAUAAACAACAUUAUCAAUGACUAUGAUUUUUGUUUUAUUUUAUUUUUAUUUUAUAGCCGUUAACUGAAGCUUUUAAACUUGUGUAGAAGUUAAGACUGCUAAUAUGUGACCUAAAACUUGGCCUGUCCAGUUAAUGCACGAUUACGCUAGGAUGCUGACAGUUUGCGUCUGGGAUGGAUGAAUUCACUUUACAUGGUUUCCUAUGGGGGGAAAAGGGUUGUUGAAAUGAGGAAUAACAUGGAAAUCAACGAUGGUUCCCAAUGUAUUAUUCAGUCACACACAUGAAUGCUUUGAAGGUUAUUAUCGAUGCAGAUGACGUGUCGUUGUGCUCCUCAGUCGUCUGUGUUGUUUUGAAAGAAACCGACUUGAGGGGGAAAAUGUUGUUUUUGUUGGCGUGUGUGUUUGUGCAGCGCUACAAGAUGAGGUGACCUUAUUCCGACGGGGGGACCCACCCUGUGGGAAUCCCCCCUGACUCCAACACACUGCACUGAUGCUGGUGUGUUUGUGUUGUUGUUCAUGUUGAUGUUGUGUCGUCGACCUGAUCAAAGUUGUGGCUCUUUACCCGUUUCCCUUCAUUUUCCCACCUGAAGCAAACCCCUCUAGUUCUCCUCUCUCAACACGAGGCUAAUAAUUCACAUUUGCUGUUUAUGACUAGAGACGUGUUCUAAAGCCAAAGUAGGUUGUGUGUUACUCACCACAUCAUCCUCCGCUGUUUGUUUGGACAGCAGCUACAAGCUUUGUAGAAAGGUCACCGUCACACAACUACUUUGACAACUUUAGUGGAUAAAUACCAUAACUAUUUUAGGAAAAGUAGAGACAGCAGCUUUGGAGGAGGGGGUUGUUAUGUUAUGAUUUGUAAUAAUAAACAUACACUGUGCCAAAGUAGUAAGCAUCCACCAGACAACCUGACCUUUCAACUUAAAAUGUCAAACAUCUAGAGGUGUUUAUCCCUAAAAUGCAUUGUGUUCUUGCUUUGCACAUUUGGAAAAAGCACAAGAACUCUUUCAAGAUUGCUUAAAAAAUUGCAGCUGCGUCGUGUUCUGUCAGCAGACAGUCACAGCAAGAAUACAUAAAAUACAACGUUUUUUUAAGUCAAUCAAAUCAAACUAAAUUAGAAAUCGAAUGAAAUAUUUCAAAUUAAAGCAAAUGUUUUUUGUACAGUAUGUGCCCCACUUGACUAAAACCUGAUAGUGUAGUGCAGUAAUCCCCAACCCCCGUACCGGGCCGCACAGAAAGAAAAAAUAAUUUCCAUGAUGUUUUAUUUUGAAAAGUGGCCGGAUUCUCUCUGUUACAUCCGUCUCACUUGACGCAUGUCCAUUGUGCGUGUGCUAACUUUAUCUCAUGCUGCACAGAUAGACUGCUACUGUAUUUUUACCAUUUUUCUUUCACCUCAUAUUUGGUGUCAAAUGCUGAUACUAUGUUUGAAUGCAUAAAGGUAAGUUUGGAUGACUUAUUGAGUGCACAUUUGUCUCAAGUGAAUUCAUGCUAGCACACUCCCACACACGUCAAACAGCGGUGUAAUAAUCUCUCUGGAAAAACUCUAGAGAUAAGAUCAAUUAGAUCGACCCCCCACCGGUCCGCGGGAGAUUUGUGGGAACACAAGCCGGUCCGUGGGUCAAAAAAGGUUGGGGACCACUGGUGUAGUGUACAAAUACAACACAUACACAAACAAAAAAAUACACAACAAGCCAACAGUUUCAUCGAAUUGAAUUUAUCCAUCCAUCCAUUUUCUAUACUACCUGUGCUCACUAGGGUCAUGGGUAUGCUGGAGCCUAUUUCAGCGGUUUUCGGGCGAGAGGCGGGGUACACCCUAGGCUUGUCGCCAGCCAAUCACAUGGCACAUAAAGAAAAACAACCAUUCACCCUCACACCGAUGAACAAUUGAAAGUCUCCAGUUAACCUAGGAUUCAUAUAUUUAGAAUGUGGGAAAAAUCCGGAGCACCGGGAGAGAACCCACACAUGCAAACUCCACACACAGAUGUUCCAAAGGAGAUACAAACCCAGGAUCUCCUGACCUUGAGGCCAACACUAGCCACUAGGCCGCCCCUAAUUGAAUUGAAUUUCAUUUCAUUUUUAUUUAUUUGUUUAUUCUCUCAUAUCUGAGCCUACAUGUGGAUCCUCACCAAAACGUAAAGAGGAUUUGGAGGGAUUUUUUGUACAAUUGUGCAACAAAAGGACAAACACGAUGAAAGGCAAAGCGGUCACCCUUGCGCUAGGUGGAUGUAAUAAAUCCUAUAAGGCUGCAUGGAGUCAACAGUCAUGUUUAUGAACUGUAGCCGAGGUCAUGGAGGUUGCAGUCACCAACAAGGCCAUAUUUAAAUCGUAUGUACAUUUUACAGCUGAUGUAUGGUUCUCAAUCAAUUUUCUGUGACACCCCAUAAAAGUCCACGCAGGAAGGACGAGUACAAAACACUUCAUCAGAGUCCUUUUGCCUCUUGGAUGCACCCGCUCGCUCUCGCUUUUUUUCUUGCUCGCUGUCUUGCCCACGUCUGUCACCGCGCCGCAAUGAAAGCCACAAGCACGUCAGCCAAGAAAAACACCGGCGUGUCAAGUUGACUUUUUCAUGCGUGCGUCCUAAUGAAGUGUGUGUUUAUACUGGCAGCCCAUCUGCAGCUUCAGAGUUAAAUGGACACAUGAUGCCCUCCGUGACCUCCGUUAAAUGACUUAAGACAUCUCAAACGAUUGAUUCCCCACCUCUCAAAAUAGUCCAGACCAAUGCACCGUAGUGGCGGUUUGCUCUGUUUGCUUGUUGGGUUGGGGUGUUAAUCUGCAAUGCGGUGGCUUCUAUAUGUUUUUCUAAGUUGAGGUUUUGGGAUUUGGGAGACGACCAAAGCAAGGGGG